GCCAAACUGCAAGCCCAUCCCUUUAUGCAGAGCAAGCUGGAGCGCUCAGCUCGGAUUCAGUGACUGGCAGCAUAGUCAGUGGGGAAAGAUCCAGCUAAAGCCAUGGGACCAUACAGAACCUUCUCUGUCCUGCUCCUCACCCUCAACCUGGCUGCCCCCGGCCUAGCAGGCAACAGACUUCUGCUGUUUCUGAUUGAUGGCUUUAGACCUGAUUAUAUCAAUGAGAAAGAACUGGAAGUCCUUCCUGGCUUUAAGAAGUUUGUACAGAGUGGGGUCAAGGUGGAUUAUAUGACCCCAGACUUCCCCAGCCUCUCCUACCCUAACUACUACACCCUCAUGACAGGGCGGCACUGUGAGGUGCAUCAGAUGACUGGAAACUAUAUGUGGGAUCAGAAGACUAACAAGUCAUUUGAUAUUGGUACUAAUGAAGACAGUCUUCUGCCAAUGUGGUGGAAUGGAUCAGAGCCUCUCUGGGUCACCAUGGAAAAAGCAAAACGGAAAGUUGUUAUGUACUACUGGCCAGGCUGUGAAGUUGAAAUUCUUGGUGUUAGAGCCAAUUAUUGCCGUGAAUAUUACAAUUUCCCGUCAGAUGCUAAUUUUACAAGGGCAGUCAAUGACGCUGUUCAAACUCUGAGGAAUGAAAAUGCUGAAAUGGUUGCUGUUUACUAUGAACGCAUUGAUAUAGAAGGUCAUCACUUUGGACCUUGGUCUGAGCAAAGGAAAAAUGCUACCAGAGUAGUAGAUCAAAUGCUACAAAAUCUUGACCAACAAAUUAAAGAAAGCGGACUAAAGGACAAAGUGAAUGUUGUUCUCUUCUCGGACCACGGAAUGACCGAUAUAUACUGGAUGGACAAAGUGAUAGAGCUUGAAAACUAUAUAAACUUUAAUGACAUUUUACAAAUGAAAGACAGAGGUCCUGUUGUGAGUCUGUGGCCGGUGGUGGGUCAGCACACCAAGGUGUACAACCAGUUGAAAGAUGUACAACAUAUGACUGUCUAUGAGAAGGACCAAAUUCCAGAUCGAUUUCAUUACAAGAAUGGAAAAUUUGUGCCUCCAUUAACUCUGGUAGCUGAACAGGGCUGGUUCAUAGCUCAGAGUAAAGAGAAACUUCCCUUUUGGAAUAACGGCUCCGUGCCUAAUCAAGGUUGGCAGCAUGGGUGGCAUGGAUAUGACAAUGAGUUGAUGGACAUGAGGGGAUUCUUUUUGGCAUCUGGCCCAGAUUUUAAAGAGAACUUCAGAGCUGCACCAAUCCGAUCAGUCGACGUUUACAACAUAAUGUGCAAAGUUCUUGGUAUGAACCCACAGCCUAACAAUGGAUCAUGGUCCAGGGUGGAAUGCAUGUUAAGAAGUGGAGCACAUCCUGGUAUCCUGGACUCAUUCCCAGUGAUCUCCAUUCUCUUCACACUUGUAGCACAAUGGAUUUUGCAAUUUUUUUUCUAGGAUUAAUGAUUUUAUAAGAUUUAAAAUAUUUUAUUUUUCAGUAUAGUUUUACAAUAACCUUGCCAAAAGUAUGAAUGAUUUUCUGUACCCGCUUGUUCUGUCUGUCGAAUACAAAAACAACCUUAUAUAACUGACGUUAUUGACCUACUGUAUGCAAAUUUGUUUGUUGCUUUACAAAAAGAGAAGAAAGCUGAUGCCACCAGAAGGUACAGUAGCUGUCUUACAAGUCGAACACUGACUUAUAGGAUAGUUACCUUCCAUCUGGUGACAUCAGAGGUUCAGCUUUCUUUUUGGAAAUCCGCAAGCUAAUUUGCAUACUUUUUUCCCCAGAGAGCACUGCAUGGCCUAUAAGACUUCUUGGGGGGAUUUAUGAAAACUGGUGUAAAGGAACCAGAGUUCACCUAGAAAGAUGGAAUCUGAUUGUUUGCUUUGUGCAACUAAGCCAGUUUUCCUUUACACCAGUUUUGAUCAAUCUCGGACCCUCCUUAUACCUUCUAGACACUCUCCACAAGGAGACUUAGUACUUAAUGGCCUAUUGCAGGUAUCGGCAAUCUCCGGCACUCCAGUUGUUCUGAAACUACAUCUCCCAGAAUCCUCCUUUCACUUCUAGGGCAGUUACAAGAAUAGCUGAGUAAGUAUGCAUGCUGGAAGUUGUAGUUUCACAGCAGUUGGAAUGCCAAAGGUUGCUGAUCCCUGCCCUAUUGAAUGUAAUUUCAAGGGGCUGCCACUUUAAAAGAAUCCAGGCUGAAUGGCCAUGCAAGUCCAUGCUAUGCCACAGUAAUCUGAUAUGUACAUGAGCUGUGUUUUGGCAGUGGGUGUGGAACUACUGUGUCAACCAACCGGUUUGACUUUGGGCUGAACCUAAGGGCGUUAUCCUGGCAGCUCCCUGGUAUUCGCUCUUCUACUUCUAUGCAGGGGAACCACCAGGCCUCUUCAAGUAGUGCCAGUGUGCUUGACAGCUGACCCAUGGGGGCCAGAGACACCAGUGAGGAGCACUGAAGGAUCAGGCAAAACUUGUAGUCAGUAACAACCCGAGAUUAAGACAGGCAGAAAUCAUGUGAAAACGUGGAACAGGUCCGAAGUCAGGGCUGGCAGAAGAAUCACAACAGUAAACAGGCACAGGUUGAGUCAGGAAGCAGAGG